GCUUGGGUGCGACUGCAAGGGGCUCCGAGCCGGGAGAAGGGAUUGUCAGGCGAGUCUCCCUUUGCAACAAAAGGAAGCAGCAGUCCGAGUCCCAGUCUACACACACAUAACUGCCUGCACGCUUCCUGGCUCCUCUCAGCCACUGCAGUCUCCAGCCUCAGUGUCCAGACUCCAUGGGGUUUGCAGCUGUUGCUUGCUUGCUUGCGUGUGCGGAGAUCACUUUGUGAGGGAAUUAGAACGCCGCAUGCCAGAACACAUUCAUCUUUCCCACUUCCACCCUGCGCCUCGCUUUUUGUUUGUCACUUGUAAGCUGUGGAAGAACAAGAGUGGAUGCUUUUGUUAAGGAAUUGCCAUCUGUUGUGAGUAAAUAUCAUGAACAUGGCUCCUCGAAAGAGAAGUAGUCGGGGUCUCUCCUUCAUAUUCUGCUGCUUUCGAGGGAGCGACCACCCAGAGAUCACCUACAGGCUGAGGAAUGACAGCAAUUUUGCAUUGCAGACGAUGGAGCCAUCAUUGCCCAUGCCACCAACUGAAGAAUUGGAUGUCAUGUUCGUUGAGCUUGUGGAUGAACUGGACCUCACUGAUAAACAUAGAGAAGCCAUGUUUGCACUUCCUGCAGAAAAGAAAUGGCAGAUAUACUGCAGUAAGAAAAAGGAACAAGAAGAAAAUAAAGGAGCAACAAGUUGGCCAGAAUUUUACAUUGACCAAUUAAAUUCGAUGGCAAUUAGGAAAUCGCUCCUGGCUUUGGAAAAAGAAGAUGAGGAUGAAAGGAAUAAAACCAUUGAGAGUUUGAAGACUGCACUACGAACUCAACCCAUGAGGUUUGUUACCAGAUUCAUUGACUUGGAUGGGUUAACGUGCAUUCUCAACUUCCUGAAAAGUAUGGACUAUGAAACUUCAGAAUCUCGAAUACACACUUCCCUCAUCGGCUGCAUUAAAGCACUCAUGAACAACUCUCAGGGCAGGGCUCAUGUUUUGGCUCACGUGGAGAGCAUUAAUGUCAUUGCCCAAAGUCUGACCACGGAGAAUAUAAAGACUAAAGUGGCAGUCUUGGAAAUUUUGGGUGCUGUGUGUCUGGUGCCAGGCGGGCAUAAGAAAGUAUUGGAGGCAAUGCUACACUACCAGAAAUUUGCCAGUGAGAGAACGCGCUUCCAGACUCUAAUCAACGACUUGGACAGAAAUACAGGAAGAUACAAAGAUGAAGUGAACCUUAAAACUGCUGUCAUGUCUUUCAUUAAUGCUGUGCUAAGUCAAGGUUCAGGAGAGGAAAGUCUUGAUUUCAGAGUGCAUCUCCGAUAUGAAUUUUUAAUGUUAGGUAUUCAACCUGUUAUUGACAAAUUACGUGAACAUGAAAAUGCAACUUUAGAUAGGCAUUUAGAUUUCUUUGAGAUGCUGAGAAAUGAGGAUGAAAUGGAAGUAGCAAAAAGAUUUGAUGUGGUACACAUCGACACAAAAAGUGCUACCCAGGUGUUUGAACUAGUGAAGAAAAAAAUCAGCCACACAGAUGCAUACCCGCACUUUAUGUCAAUUCUCCACCAUUGGCUUCAGAUGCCAUAUAAGCGAAGUGGAAACACUCUACAAUAUUGGCUACUGUUGGACCGAAUAUUGCAACAGAUAGUUUUACAAAAUGAUAAAGGACACGAUCCCGAUGUUACUCCUUUGGAAAAUUUCAAUGUGAGGAAUGUUGUCAGAAUGUUGGUGAAUGAAAAUGAGGUCAAACAAUGGAAGGAACAAGCAGAAAAGAUGAGAAAAGAGCACAAUGAGCUGCUACAGAAGCUGGAGAAAAAGGAGAGGGAGUGUGAAGCUAAGACACAGGAGAAGGAGGACAUGAUGCAGACACUGAAUAAAAUGAAAGAAAAACUGGAAAAAGAAUCUCAGGAGCACAAAGCUGCAAAGAAACAGGCAGCUGAUCUCUCAGCCCAGAUCCAGGAUCUAAGCAAUAGAGCCAGGUUCUCGGGAGUUCCGGGCGCCCCCCUCUCAUCUCCGGGAGCCCCCGGUGGACCCCUGCCUCACUCUGCACUCGGUUCCAUCGGGGGUCCUCCGCGUCCUCCCUGUGCCCCUCCCCUCCCAUUGUUUGGGGGAAUGCCCCCGCCUCCACCACCCCUGCCUCCAGGAGGUCCCCCUCCCCCUCCAGGAAUGCCACCCUUGGGUGGUGUGCUACCCCCACCAGGAGCCCCUCUGGGUCCAGGGAACAUGAAGAAAAAUAUCCCUCAACCAGGAAACGCUUUAAAAUCCUUCAACUGGUCCAAGUUACCAGAGAACAAACUUGGGGAAACUAUCUGGAAGGAUAUUGAUGAUUUGAAGGUUUUUAAAGUACUUGACUUGGAAGACCUUGAAAAGACAUUCUCUGCAUACCAAAGGCAACAGGAUUUCUAUCUGAGCAAUCACUCUAAGCAGAAAGAGACAGAAUCCAAUGAAGACACAUUGAAUUCUACCAAGAAAGUCAAAGAAUUAUCCGUGAUAGACGGGAGAAGAGCCCAGAAUUGCAAUAUUCUUCUGUCCAGGUUAAAGCUGUCCAAUGAUGAGAUAAAACGGGCUAUUUUAACAAUGGAUGAGCAAGAGGAUUUGCCAAAGGACAUGCUUGAACAGCUGCUGAAAUUUGUCCCGGAGAAGAGUGAUAUCGAUGUACUGGAGGAGCACAAACAUGAGAUUGAACGGAUGGCCAAAGCAGACCGAUUCCUGUUUGAAAUGAGCAGAAUCCCUCACUAUCAGCAGCGAUUGCAGUCCCUAUAUUUCAAGAAGAAAUUUGCAGAAAGAGUGGCAGAAGUCAAACCCAAAGUUGAAGCUAUUCGUAUGAGUUCCAAGGAGGUUCUGCAAAGCAAAAAUCUGAAGCAGCUGUUGGAGGUGGUUUUGGCUUUUGGCAAUUACAUGAACAAGGGACAAAGAGGCAAUGCUUACGGUUUCAAACUCUCCAGUCUGAACAAGAUUGCAGACACCAAGUCUAGUAUUGAGAAGAAUAUUACUCUCUUGCACUAUUUGAUUACAAUUUUGGAGAAGAAAUAUCCAAAAGUGGUGACCAUCCAUGAUGAUUUACGGAGUAUUCCUGAAGCUGCCAAAGUUAAUUUGAUUGAGUUGGAAAAAGAAUUCAGUAGCCUGAGAAGUGGUCUGAAGGCUGUGGAGAGUGAGCUGGCAUACCAAAAGUUGCAACCUGCACAGGCUGGCGACAAGUUUACCUCUGUAGUGAGUCAGUUUAUUGCCGUAGCAAGUUUUAGUUUCUCUGAUGUGGAGGAUCUUCUGUUGGAAGCUAAAGACCUGUUCAACAAAGCCGUGAAGCAUUUUGGAGAAGAAACCGGCAAAAUGCAGCCUGAUGAAUUCUUUGGGAUUUUUGAUCAAUUCCUCCAAGCCUUUGCAGAGGCCAAACAGGAAAAUGAGAAUAUGAGGAAGAAAAAGGAGGAGGAGGAACGCAGAGCUAAAAUGGAAACACAGAUGAAAGAACAAAGAGAGAGAGAACGAAAAGCAAGAAAGGCAAAAGAAGGUGGUGAGGAAGAAGGGGAAUUCGAUGAUCUGGUUUCAGCUCUCCGUUCGGGAGAAGUCUUUGACAAAGAUUUCAAGCUCAAGCGCAACCGGAAACGUGUCACCAGCCAAGUGACGGAUGGGAGUCGGGAACGGCCAGUCACCAAGCUCAACUACUGAGCCAUCAGCACCAGUGCAGAUUAAUGGCCAUGCAGCAGCCAGCUCCCAUCUUACUAUCCUGUUGUGAUCAUAUUCACCAAUUAUCCUGCCCACUGGUCCUGCUAGUGGCUGCUGCUCCUCACAGCGGGUCCCUUAUCCUCUCUGUAGCUGGGUUUUGCAUGCACCACGGUCAAUGAGAAGCUUGUUCUACGUGGUGCCAAAACGCAGGAAAUGUUGGAGCAUUCCUAGGAUUCGCACAACUGAUGAGUACAACUUGGUGUCCGUGAAAUUGUAACAAAAAAAAAUAAUAUCCUUCCACAAAUGCUUCACCAAGUAAGCAUUGCGUCGCAACUUAACUUUUCCAUUCAGUUACCCAAUGGACUAAAGAUGGUGCUGAUACAGUAAGGAGAUGUGUGGAGCUGAUGAUUAUUUGGAUGUGAAUCUGAAGUGAAUAAAGCAUGCCGAACGACCGUAUUAAAUGUGGAGUUUAGAAGGACCAUUUAAGUGUGUGUAUUGCUAAAGAUCCUUGAAUAUCUGUGGCUUUUGACCUGGUUCCAAGGAAUUGAGGAAUUUCCCUGGAUCAUUUUUUUAAACUAUUCUUAUUUGGGAAAUGCUUUAUUUUAAACAUCAUUUUCUCAAACUAUUUUCUUGACUGAAAACAGGUAUGAACAUGAAAAUACAAAUAUAGAUGUUAUCUUGGUGACAUCCAGAUAUCCUUUUGUUUUUCUAUAAAACAUUCCAUAAUUAAUGGGAUGAUGGUAAGCGUUCUCUAAAGGGCCAAUGACAUAUUGAACCUUUAUUCUUGCUGCUGGCAGCUCUACAGCAGGACCAUAACCAGACACAAAAUAUAGUUGAAGUGGUUCUAUUCAGUUGUAUUGGUGGAGGAAGGGAGGGAGGGAGGGAGGGAGGGAGGGUAGGGGGGUUAAGGGUUGUGUGGAGUAGUGGAUUUUGACAAAAAUAAAAAUGUGUCCUUGAAACUUGAAUAACAAAUGACGUUUAUUGUCAAUCUAAUUAACAGUCUGAAAAUGGUUAUUGUAAAUGGAUUGUGUGAAUAAAUAAGGACAAUCGAAAUCUGCAGCCUAUUUGUAUUUGGACGUAUUUGGAAAGUGGUUUCAAAUAUAUAUAUUCAAGUACUGUAGCAAAUACUUCAAAUUUUCUAGCCAAAUUGUAAAGCGUUAAUUUGGUAGCAACAAGAUGAGCCUUUCUUUUCACUGUACAGUGACUUGAUCCCUUAACCAAAGUGCCUGCAAACAGGUUUGUGUUUAUGAUAGGGCUCACUCUUACGUUUUCUUAUUCAGACUCUGAUGUUUUGUUUAAAAAUUGUUUGGACACUGUACAGUUUAAACUAUUGGCUGGGGGAAAUACGUGUUCUGAUUGGUCCUGUAAAGAGUGAGAACAAAAUUAAAGCAUAGGUCUGACUGUGUGUGUGUGUGUGUGUGUGUGUGUGUGUGUGUGUGUGUGUGUGCGCACACGUGUGCGUGCAUACGCGCAUGUCCCUGUGUCCUUCCUGUCAGACAUUGAUACACCAUUUUGCUUUCCUCUCCAGAAUAGAAGUGUGAAAGCAAUUUCAUGUGCCACGGUUAUAAGAAUGUUUUAGACUGGUGCUGGUUCAGGUAGAAGCUCAUUUGUUUCUUGGGUUCAUUUGACAAAAACUUUCAACAAUGCCAAAAAUGGUUAUAAUAUUUGUGAACAAGAAUGUACACUAAGGAUCUCAUUUGUUUGGUAAUUUUGUGGGAUGUCAUUUAAAGCAAACGUGAGCAGUCACAAAUGCCAUGUACCUUUUUAUGACUUGUAAAAUCCUUAAUGGUAAAAUGCAAUAAAAGAUAAAGUAGUUGAA